AUGGGAAGUGGCGUUGGCGGUCCGAUGCGGAGCAUAGCUCGGUUUUCGGUAGCUUCGAUCACGGCUGCGUCGCUGAACGCGUACCAAGUAGGGCGUUGCAAAAAACUCACGGAAAAAGCAGGCUUGAAUCAUCUGUGCAGAUGCGAACAAGGCGACUACACAAAUCUCACCGAGCUCGUCGGCAUUAUGCCAGACACUUGAAGAUCUUUUAGCGACCAUGAUCGAAGAUCAUCACUUUACAAGUAGCGAAUCCGUCCGAGGACAGCUUGAUACUCCGUCCGAGGACAGUAACUUGAUGAUGCGGGAAUUGUGGUUGAAAAUCAUCGAGUUUACCUCUUCUGCUUCUGCAUCUGCGUAAGCCUUGCCAUAGACUUGGUUUGAUGAGCGGUAGACAUGAGGUAUUUAGAUACAAAUAAGCAAGGAGGAGACUACGUUAUUCUGAGAAACGAAGCCUCUUCUAGGUCCUGGCUCUAAAAUAUCCGGAUCGAUGGACGCGGCUUAUGCCAUCGAAUCAUUGUGUCAUCAGACGCCGCGACAUCCGGUUCUGGCUGAAGCGUUUCGUGUACGGGAACGUGGUGGACUCUUCUUAUGUUGUGCUGGCGAGUUAGUGUAACUGUAGUAGGUAGAAGGUUCAAUUGUCUUGAAGAAGAGCCAAUUAUGAUCAAGCAGGAAGGACCCACUACGCAUCGCAUGCUGCAUGUGUGAAUAGCUUGUUACUUCAGACGCAUCUACUAGAACCUCGUCGUGUCUGAAAAAGGUUCACUCAAGAGAGAUGCAGAAGACGAUUUGCAAUUUUGUGACAAGCAGUCUUUACGAUGGUACUUCUACUGAGUAUGGAUCAUCACGAUCUUCGUUGGUUUCCAAACUUUUUUGGUUCUCCUGCCUCUAACUUUAUCACGUACGACUGGGGUCUCACCUCGCUUUUUGAGAAGCGGAAUGAGACGCACCUACGAAUCAAACUUAAGAAGGGCAGCUGUCGAUUCUCGAGUGUGAUCUAAUGUAUGGUGUAUGCGUGGAAUCCCCUGACAACAAGUCGUGCGAGGGGAUUCUGAGUGAUUGUUUCUUUCAGGUCAGGGUACUUGCAAGAGACUAGCAGAUGCAAGUCUUGUUCUAACAUAUGUGGGAUCGAACAUGGUGAUGGCCUGCCGGAUCUCAUCAGCGACACCGAACUAGUCCAGAGCGUGAAGGACGUCGGUUUCGAGGUCGGGGAGUGCUUUGAUUUGGUGACCCGUUCACGAGAGACGCAUGGGCCGCGAAACGACUUGUCGUGGGUCGCUCCGCUCGUAGGAGGUGAAUUUGCGGGUGCUCCUGCUGCCAGUAUUGAUUCCCUGCAAGACGUCCUAGACGCAGUGGCAUUGUAUAUUGCCAAUUUCCCGGGAUCACCCGCUGGGCGCGCAAUGACGUACUACCUACUCACCCUGUUGGAGUUAUGGACAUUUUUUUAUGCUUUGUUGUAGGCUCCCGCAUCUAGCAAGAUCUUGCGGUAAACAUUCUUAAAUGUAAAUGAUAAUUUGUCUCUCCAGAGGUAGAGCAUGAUCAUGAAAAGGAAGGCUUCUAUGAAUCGACCUUAAGUGUCACGAGCUACCGCCACUCGUACAACGAAUUCUAAUGUUCGCGGUGGGGUUGGCACCGAAAGGGUCGUUGCAGACGCGGAUCAUGCUCUGCGACGGCGCAGAUAACCUUGUCGCGGGUGCUCGUGAGGGAAUUUUCACGCCGAUGUACGUUGUCCAGGCCAGGAAACCCGAAGGAAAGAAAACAAAAUUAGCAAUGAAUGUUUUGGUUCGCUUUUAUCACCACUUUGAAAGAAAGAAUCUUGCUAAGUGGGAAGAGACAAAGUAACAAGUAACAAUUUAACCUCUGUCUUCUUUCGCUCUGUGGGUAAAACGGAAUAAAGCCUUUAUUCGUGUAAUUAUAAAUCCCAAUGAAUUUUUUCACAUUUUCCGUGUUGUUCAUGGAGAGGAGAAAUUACUUUCUCUCCUUUCUGACAGAAGGCAC